UGGAAGUUCAAACCAUUAAAGCAGGUCAUAAAAAGGAAGUGACGUUUCCUUCUGAGGAAUUUCAAGGUCAACCGUCAAGUGAUAAUAAUUUAUUACGUGAAAGGUUCAUUUUACCACCAAAACUCUUCGAAAAACAAGAAACUGUGGUACUUGGAAUAGCUUACCAAGACCUGCACAAACUUCUUCCAGAUGAAUGCCAAUACCUUCUUGAUGGGAAGAAAAUGAUAAAUACUAAACUCCAAACACCAAUCAUAGCGUGUUCUCUCUUACCGGCCCCGCCACCAGUGCUGACACAGAACAUUACUAUUUCAUUUACUUUACGAAAGUUUAUAAAACCCGAGGACAAGCCUUAUUGUGUAUUUUGGGACUUUGCCAUCAGGAGUCAGGUUAACGGCUCCUGGUCAAGCAGAGGAUGUUCCCUGAUUAAUAGAACAGACACCAAAGUUGUGUGCAGCUGCAAUCAUCUGACGAACUUCGCAAUUCUUAUGCAACUGGGAGAAACCAAGAUUCCUCUCAAACAUCAGCUCGCAUUGCAAGUCAGUACAUUUGUCGGCUGUGGAUUGUCGCUUAUGGGUGAAGUGUUUACCAUCUUAGCAUAUCUGGUUUUUAUGAAUCUGAAGCAAGAACAUAUUCAGAUACGAUUCAACCUUGUUGUGGCCAUAGCAGUGGCGCAAAUUCUAUUCCUGGCUGGAAUUGAUGCCACAUCAAAACAGGAAGCUUGUAUAUUCGUGGCAGUGUCUAUUCACUAUUUUUAUCUAGCCGGAUUUUCUUGGAUGCUCAUGGAGGGAGCCUACUUGUAUCUGAUGGUGGUUAAAGUAUACAACGCCGUCGUAAGAAUGAAGUUGCUGUAUGUUUUCUCCUGGGGAUUUCCUUUUCUAAUGGUGAUUUCAUCCAUUGUCAUCGCUUCUGGCUCUGCUGAGGGAAUAUCGGGCUACGUACAUGGUGACUUCUGCUGGGUUUCAUUUUCAAAUAGUUUAGUUUGGACCUUUGCCGCCCCAGUCCUCGUGGUUUGCCUGAUAAACUCCUUCAUCCUUUGCCGGGUGGUGUAUGAGAUGACGAGAAUGCACUCUACGAAAGACACCUCUAACGUCAAACAGGGGUUAAAGGCAUGGGUGGUGCUGUUUCCUCUCCUAGGCCUGACCUGGGUAUUUGGAAUUUUUAGCAUUACAGCUGCCGGUGUGGUGUUCCAGUAUAUCUUCACCAUAUUUAACUCACUUCAGGGAUUCUUCAUUUUCGUCAUUCAUGUCCUGCGAAGCAGUGAUGUACGCGCUGCAUAUCUUCGCAAGAAACAGAAGUGGGACAAUUCUAAGAAUUCAACCUUCCCAAGCUCUCGUUCAGUGGCAGAAAACUCAAACGCUGGUUUGGAAAAGCAUGACAUGAAUAAAAUGCCUCUCAGAAAGGAGAGCCCUGAUCCAACCUUUAGACGACAUCAGGUGUCUCCCAUUAACUCGGACAGAAUAGACACAAGAGAAAGCUGCAUCACUCCUGUUGACGCAAAGUGAAAUAACUUUCAAAGUGAAUUCCUAAAGAGGAAAAGGAUGUUAUUUUAUCAACUUGUGGAGAAAAAAAAUUUUUUUUCACCAUUUUCUGAGUAUAAGUUCAUUACGAAAUGAAAAAGUCACCAGGUAGGGAGACCUGAUGAGUUCAAGAUAAAUAUAGUAAUGCAUAUGUCUGGUUCGUUUAAGCUUCUUAUAUUAGCUAAGAGGACUCUGAUUAGUAAAACUCAAAUUGUGUCCAAUAAGUUGCAGGUUGACAGUAUAAUAUUUUCCUGGUUUAUUCGCAUUGAAUCUACUUGUAGUUACCAUGAACCUCCCCGAACUGGGAAAUUUGACUGUGUCUGCUCUGGAAGCAAACCGUGAGGUAGAAUGUAUAUCUGGCAUGGUACCGAAAUUUGUCGCUCGAUAAGUAAAGAUGAAAUUUAAGUUUUCCAAUAAUUUUGCAUUUUCCAAAUUAUUUCCAUUUUUAUAUUUGACAGUUAAGACUAAUAGUUUGUGGUAUGUGAUUCCAAGGAUUGAUCAUAUUUUGGAAAUAUAGCUCAUGUCCGUCCUAAA